UCUUCUAGUAUAAGAAGGAAAGUACAACAAACGCAAUUUAAACAUUCGGAGAGCUGUGAAAAUUGUAAUCUAGAUUCAAAUUUAUAUAUAAGAUAUUUUUUGUUAAUUUUCAACCGAAAAUUUUUAUUAUUUAUCAAAUUACAAAUGUGACAUACGUUAAAAUCAAUUGAAGGUUAUAUUAUAAGCAUUUUCGUAUCAAUUAUACUGUAUAAAAUAAUUGAGUUUUAAAAUUGUAAAGAAACCUCUUGUUUAUAGUAAGCUUAGGAAAUUCGUAUUAAUAUGGGAACUAAAUUUGCAUCAUAUACAUUGAAAUUGGCCUCACUACAUGAGUAUUAUCAGAGACUUGUAUAUUUAACACCACCAGUUCCAGCUGGAGCAGAUAUGGCAAUCACACUGAAAUAUUUUUCUCAGUCAUUACUAUCUUUAUUGAAAGAUGUGGAGAACUCUCCUUACGAUAUGUUGAAACUCCAAAAUUUUGAUCAUGAACGAAUGGCUUUAUAUCCAAAUCUAGAUUAUAAGCAGUUGUAUAAUGCACUUUCACAAUUGAUUGAUGUAAUUCCUGCAGUGCAUUCUGGAUUAUAUGUUUUUGGCAAGGGUUUGUUACAAUGUUUAACAUGUUUACUGCCAUUUUUGGAAAAUGAUCUAAUAGAAAACUUGCCAUAUCUAGUAGCUAGUUCAAUUGCUGUACUGCCAAAAGAACUCCAUCAAGAUAUUGUUAAUAACUUAUGUUUUUAUAUUCUACCCUUCACCAUAACUAGAAGAACACAUGGCGAGUCUGAAAACUAUGCUAGUCAAUCAAUAUCUGCUGUUCUGAUGAUGAUUUUAGAGUACUCCAGAAAUUCAGCUCACCAUUGCCAAUUACUCGAAUGUCUUAUGACUUACAAAUCUGGAAUUAUAAAAGAUUUAUUAUGUGUGAUUGCAUAUGGUACAAUAUAUGCUCGAGCCUCUGCUACAAAGUUAUUGUUCUAUUAUUGGCCAGCUUUUAAUCCCAAUCUUUUUGACAGAAAAUCUGUUCUUAUGAAGUUUUCAAAUGACUUCUUACCAUUUAGUUGUCAAAGAGAUGAUUGCCCCAAUUCUGGUAACGCUGAGGCUACAAAAGUUUGUUUUAGUCAUUCAAUUUCUAUUCUAUAUGCAGCAGAUCUUCCGCCUCCUUUGUAUUUGUGUAUUGAAUGUGCUAACGAAAUACAUAAAGACAAUCCCAAUCAAGCUUUCAAUGACAUUCUUCAUCCUAUGCAGCAAAUUUCUUUGGUUUGCGAAAAUAAGAAUUGCCGAGCGCUUGAAAAAUCUGCAGUUAGCGUAUGUUUUUCAAUAGAAUGUGCUAGCUAUAAUAGUAAUCAUCCAAUACGUUACUGCCAGCAAUGCCAUAAUAUUAGACAUAAUAAUCGUCGAGGGAAUGACCACAUAUUUCAUUUGGCAUUACAUCAUAUUUCAUGCAUGGAUUCUCAGAUGAAAACUUAUUUUGUACAAGCGAUAAUCAGCUUAUUGAAAGAGGCAGAGUCUACUGAUUCCUACAUCUCCUUAAAUAUGAAGGACAACGCUACUACAGGACAAAUAUACGAUUCAGAAAAUAAAUUUAGCAAUAAUGAGUCCACUAGCUUAGAAGAACGUCAGCUUCUAGGUCGAUAUGGUAUAUGGCUGCUUAUCGGUUUAUGCUCUCCCGAUCAGGAUGUACCUAAAGAAAUACUCGGAAGAAUGCUAUCUAUGCUAUUUCAUUGGUUUCACAUAACUGCAUAUUCAUUCGAUGAUACAAAAAAACGACUUAUGCAUCUAAUUUUUUCUGUUGGUCAAGCUGAAAGCACUUUGGAAAAAUUAAAGACAGAUUAUGUUUGCAAAUGGCUCUUCAAUGUCAUGAAUACUUAUCAUGAUAUUUUUAUAUCUUGUUUGUUACCAUAUCCAACAGAUUAUGUUAGAGUUGGAGGUCACUGGGAAAUGUUAGCACCUCUAACAUCACAUUUGAAAGAUGGAUUGAAUAGAUUAUUUUGUCUAGUUCCGUAUGAAAUCAUCACACCUGAAAUAUGGAACUAUGUUAUGCCAUACUGGAUGGAAGCUAUCACUAAUGACAUUUCGUUGAUAGAAUUACAAGACUUAAGAAUAACUUUAAGCAAAAUAUUAGAUGCUGAUAUGAGUCCUUUAGGAUUCGAUACGCAAAAGUUGUAUACGUUUGUAGCUGACCGUUUUAUAAAUACAAAUUCUAAAAUUCAAGAGCAAGCCAUUAGCUGGUUACAAGCACUGACGAUGCUUGAAAUUACAAUUCCAAUUUCUCAUUUACUUUUGAUGUUCAAAAAUAGCGUUUGUGAAGAUCAAGGUAUAAUUUCUGAGAAGGAUACAAGAUUUAAAGAGGGUACUACUGAUGCAAAAAAUUAUCAAGGUCCAGCAAUACGGCAUAUAGAUGAUAAAACCGCAGAUAAAUCUGAAUACUUAUCUGAUGAAGAUAUACCAGUUCUUAAAGAUUUCAGGUUGACGACCAGAGAUGAGAUGAAUUUAUCUUGUUGUAUUCUCAUGCUUGAUGUACUUUUAAAACAGAUGGAACUUCAAAAUAUUGAUAGGCAUUGUGGAGUCAGUAGCUGGAUUUGUAAAGAAGUUUGCAGUUUGCUAAAGUCUAUAGAAGUGGGAUAUUGGAAUCGACGUCAUUAUUGUGGAAAAACUAAUGAAUGUUCUUUUUGUGAAGCAACAAUAAUAUGGCAUCAAUUAUCGCUUCAAAUAAUCACAUAUUUGAUGCCAGAAAAACUGGCCAAUCCUCCAGAUGAUGCAAUUGAUGAUUUCAUAGAGGAUUUUGGACGUAAAAAUUCAUUCGAUGCUACGAAAAGGCAUGAUAACAAAUCAGAUGACGUAAUGAAUAUGCCAAUCCCCGAGUUACAUUCUGUUGGAGGAGUCCUUGUCCACAUGCCUCACUUCUUCGAGCAAAUAAUGACUGCUACUGUUGAAACUGUUUCGGAGCAGUUAGAUUUAGCAGCAAUUAUACCAACGGAGAGGAUAAUACCAGCUGUAGCUCGGCCAGCCACAGUUAUAGAAGGAGAUAUCGCUGCAACAACAUUGAAUAUUGAACAGCUAAAUGCAGUUGUUGGAAAUGGCGAUAUAAUUUCUGAAACGAGUGAACAACGAGAUCAUUUCUGGUGUACUUCUAAAGGAAAAUUCCAGUACAGUAUUGAUAAUUUACCAGCGCAAUUACAAUACAUCUACAAGUUAUUUCAGGAUUUAACAUCUGCGCAAGAUUCAGAUAUUAGUUCAUAUAUGUUAGAAUCAUUAAAGAUGAUGUGCUUACAUGAUGAUAUAUUAAACACCGCUUUCGAAGAUCAUCAAGAAUUUUUCAUUUGGUGUCAGGAAAAUGUAUUUAUCAUGACAUUAUGGGAUUUACUGAAUGCUGAACAUUCUCAUUUAGCUCAAACAGCGGUUCCAUUGCUACUGCAUUGUGUGACUCUACCACAUGGAAUAGAUACAUUUUGGCUUAUUGUACAGAAAGGAUUUCAUGAUUUAGAUUGGCAAAUAAGAUUUAUAUCAGUUGAACGCGUGGCGCUCAUUGCUAGAUUCGUCAAUUCAACGCCAAUAAAAAACUGUAUUCCCUUGCAAACAUCUUUAGCACAAUUAUUCUGCUAUCUUAUAAACAGUAUGGACGAUAUAAAUACCUAUGUAGCUCAGAAAGCAACACUUUAUCUUUGCACCAUUCAUGAUACUGCUAUGAAAGCAUUUCUUAUGUGUUUAGAAACACAAUUUGAUUUAUCAAUUAUUGAUCGACCGUUAAUCUUGCAAUGUCUCUACCAAUUACAUAACUGCUUAGGAGAUCGAAAAAUCUUAAAUUGGGAUUUUUUUUUAAAUAGAUUUGACACCUUAUUUUUAGAAGCUCAAGUAUCUAUUGACAAAAAAGAAGGAAUCAACUAUUUCAGAGAUUUAAAAAGCUCCGAUUUUGGCAGCGAUGCCCUAAUUAAAAAGUUACAUCGAGCUGAAGAAGCAUUAUCGUAUUGUGAUGGAAACUUUAUCAUAAAAACAAUAAUAUCUAGUUUCGGAGAAAAAUGGCCUUUAAAAAGAAAAAUUUUAAACAUACCUCUAAAGAUUUCAAAGCAGACAGAUACGAAGCAAGAUUUAGACAUAGAAAGAACGAAUAGCCGACAAUAUUCGGCUCCAAUUUUGAAACGCAAAACAUCUCGAUUUGGUCUAGGUCAAUUGAUUGGUUAUACUCUACCGAACAAUAGUAUCACCGAUGUUCAUUUACCGUCUUUUAAUAUGACAGACGAUGGAUCGCUAUCAUCUUUUAUGCAUAAAAUUAUUGAUCUAGAAGAAACUGAUGCAGAAACAGUACAUCUAUUAAUUUUUCUUUUCAUGCAGUUUUUGUCAAGACAAGAUCAAGCUUACCCAAGUGAUGAAAAGUAUAUAUCAAAAGUUCAGAGCAUAGUUAUACGUCAUUUCUACCUUUUAUUAGGAUAUGAUCAAACAGAAAAACAUUUCUUCCUGGCGCCGCAGAAAGUCAGGUCAUCUGUAAUUUUCACAUCCUUCAUAAUGAAUUUACCACAAGUACUCGACCAAAAUCAUUCAAUGGGACUGUAUUUGAUUCAACCAUUUUUAGUGAUUCUUCAAAAUGUUCCUUGUCCUUAUACAAAGAUAAAUUCUAGUAAUAACUAUUUUCCUAUCUAUAGUUUAUGGGCUAUAAAAAGUGUCUAUCGUCGAGCAUGGUUGAUAUCAGUCCUUGUUAUAUUAUAUAAAUUUGAAUAUAGUCAACAAAAAUGGUUUGAUCAUCUUCAAGUUCUGAUCAGAAUUGUUCUUCAUACAUUAGAAAGACAUUAUCACAUAUGCAAUCAUUUACCAUCAGCUAUAAUAACGCCACAAUUACCAUCAUAUCGCAGAGAUCAGUCGCCAAUACGUAAUGGACAUGAAAUUGAAACAAUAUUAUCAGUUUAUAAUAUUGAGGGACAUAGUUAUCAAUCAAGUAUUUCUGUAACGAACACGAAAAAUGAUAAUAAUUUAUUAUUCAAUAACAGAACAUUUUUAAAACAUAAACAAAAUAAUCGAAAUCAAGUGGAUAGAACUAACAGGCCAGUGAUCGACGAGUCUUUAACAGAUAUUAAUACAAUGCACUUUGACAGUGCAGAAAUCGGACCAUCAGUGAAGCCAUCAUUGAUUACUGAAGAAAAAUAUGUGGUCACUUCUCAAACUGAAAAAAUGAAGCUUAAAAAUAUUGAUUAUAUUCAUUUAGAAAGUGAUCAAAAGCUAGAGUCUCAUGAUAUAAAAGUUUCUAUUGAUAUGCCAGUUAUAGAAAGAUUACUACCCAUAGGAAAAAAUUCACGCUGUACUGCUAAUUGUAUUGAACAAAAGAGUGAUAUAAGUAGUAUUAGUCGAACAGAAGAGUCAUUGAAUACUUCUAGACUUCAGUUACCUUUAUUUGAGAGAUUGUUACCGGUGGGGCCUAAUAAAGAUGAAUUAGUUAUUAUAACAAGUGAUUCACAACAAUCGGCAGGAUCGUCAGAUCAUUUGAUGGUACCCUAUCCUUUCCACCAUCGCAUACUUUUCAAGAAAGAUGUCGGACAUAUUACCAGACUAUCAGAAAAUGUCAAUUCUAAAGAUAAAUCCAUAACAAGUGUCCCGAUCGAACGAAAAGUUGUAGAUCAAAAAACGUCGUCUUCAAACACAGUUAGAAAUUAUUAUAUCAAUAAAGAUAUAUCCGGAAGAUGGAUUAAACAAAAUACUGUAGAUUCUUUAUCACUUGUAGAAGAUUCAAAAGAUUCAAACAUUUUAUUUGAAUUAAGAGGAUAUUCAAAAUUAAAGAAAGAAUAUGAAUCAGAACACAUAAUUUCGGAAGAAUUGAAAAUUACUAGAAGUGAUGAUGGAAAUGGUAGAGAAAAAGGCAUAAGUUGUUCCGAAUGCGGCUUGUCCAAGGAAGAAUAUUCUGAUGAAGAAGUUGGGUUAUUCAUAAUUGUACUUGGAACAUUCGUUCAUCGCGAAGCUUGUUUAGCAGCACCUUUCAUACCAGAAAUACUUAAGAUAAUAACAAAAGUCUCAUCAAGUAUUAUGUAUCCUUGGCAAUGCGAACUAUCGAUGCAUCUUCCCGGUGGAGCGUUAAGUGUAGCACGGCAAUUUAUGAGAUGUAUUCUUCAUCAAAUGGCUCCUAAUGGAAUUUUUAUACAAAUCUUCCACACUAAUAUAAAAGGUACUAUAUGUCAUCGAUUUUUCAAGAGUGUUGUACAAGCUUUAAUUGACUUCAAUGAAUUAAAUCCUAUUGCACCAUUGCAGAUAUUGUUAGAAAGUCUUAUUGCGAAAAAAAAUUUGCCAAACGAAAAUCUCACAACCAUUCUGAGUAAUAUAUCAAACUACUUAGAAUGUCUACCGUUAGAAGCUGGUUUAGGUUCUGGAACAUCAACAUGGAGUGGGCUCUUAAUACAGUUUGAAGGACUUUUCCGACGGCUUGUUAUUGUUUUACCAGCAUUGAAUAAUUUUACUCCUCUAUUAAAAAUAAUGAUUUCAAUAUUAAAAGUUCCUGGUAUGCAACCACCAAAGGGUAUAUUGGAUCCAUUUUCCAAAGUGUUAAGCUAUGCAAUACAGAACUCUAUAGUUCAUUUCGCUUCAUUGAUAGAACUCUGCUAUUUAUGUUAUCGUAAUUUCACAAAAGACCGAGAUAAACACUUUUUAUCAAGAGUUAUUGUUUAUGAACUUACAUUAGCUCUCAAAUUUAAAACCAUGAUACCAGAUUCAAAUUUUUUAUUGUUACUACAAUUCAUUCUUGAC